UUUGGGAGCAUCUCCUGGGAUCCGAUGGCCUUGUUAGGGCAGCGCUGACCUUUCUCCCGGCGGGGGAGGAGUGCGGAGCGGGACGGGACGGGGCGAGCUGGGAGAGCGCGGCGGGUUCGGUUCCCCGUGCUCGGUUCCCCCAGGUUCGAUUCCCCGGGCUCGAACCCGUGCCCGUCGCAGGUAGCGACGGUGCUCACCUGCCCCUCCCGGGGUGAGCUGGAGCCCGUCCCGCCCCUCUUCCCUUCCUUCCCUCCAAUUUCUCCUUCCUCCCGCUCCCCAGCCCCUCGGCCGGGCGAGGCGAAGCAGGAGCGGCCGCUCGGGGAUGCGGCAGCCGCCCCCACGCCCCGGAGCUCUGCCCUGGGAGAGCUGCCCGGCUGAGGGGACACCGUGGGGACCAUGAGCGGCGGCAGGUUUGAUUUCGAUGAUGGAGGUGCCUAUUGCGGGGGCUGGGAAGGGGGCAAAGCCCACGGGCACGGCAUCUGCACCGGCCCCAAGGGCCAGGGCGAGUACUCGGGCUCCUGGAACUACGGCUUUGAAGUGGUGGGCAUAUACACGUGGCCCAGUGGCAACACCUAUGAAGGCUACUGGUCCCAAGGCAAGAGGCACGGCCUGGGAAUCGAGACCAAAGGACGGUGGGUUUACAGAGGAGAGUGGACCCAUGGCUUUAAGGGACGAUAUGGUGCUAGGCAGAGCAUGAGCAGUGGAGCCAAGUAUGAAGGUACCUGGAAUAACGGGCUGCAGGAUGGCUACGGCACCGAGACGUACGCUGAUGGAGGCACCUACCAGGGUCAGUUCACCAACGGCAUGCGGCAUGGCUACGGCGUGCGGCAGAGCGUGCCCUACGGCAUGGCCUCUGUGGUCCGCUCCCCCCUGCGCACCUCCCUCUCCUCCCUGCGCAGCGAGCACAGCAAUGGCACCCUGCCCCAGCAGGACUCCCCCGCCGCACACCCCGAGACCCUGCCCCUCUCGCCCACCAUCACCCGCGGCGGCUUCGCCCUCAGCCUCUACGGGGAGGCGGAGGCCGGGAAGCCCAAGAAGGGGGGCCUGUUCCGCAGGGGCUCCUUGCUGGGGAAGCUGAAGAAGUCCGAGUCCAAGUCGUCCCUGGCGAGCCAGAAGAGCCGCGUCAGCUUCCUCAAGAGUGAGAGCGGGAUCAGCUCGGCCGCCAGCGAUGCCACCUCCACCGUCAGCCUGGGGGAGGGUGCUGAGGGUGAGGAGUACCCCCCCUUCGAGUCCGACAUCGACGCCACCACCACGGAGACCUAUAUGGGUGAGUGGAAGAACGACAAGCGUGCCGGUUUCGGUGUCAGCGAGCGCUCCAGCGGGCUGAAGUACGAGGGCGAGUGGCUGGACAACCUGCGGCACGGCUACGGCUGCACCACCCUGCCCGAUGGCAAGAAGGAGGAGGGCAAGUACCGCCACAACGUCCUUGUCAAGGGCAUGAAGAAGCGGGUGAUACCCCUGAAGAGCGCCAAGAUCCGGCAGAAGGUGGACAGAAGCGUGGAGGGAGCCCAGAGGGCUGCGGCCAUCGCCAGGCAGAAGUCGGAGAUCGCGGCAUCCAGAACAGCUCAUGCCAAAGCCAAGGCUGAAAGUUCUGAGCAGGCAGCUCAGGCAGCUAACAACGAAUCGGGCAUAGCCAGGAUGAUGGCCAGGGAGCUCUCCCCAGACUUCUACCAGCCAGGCCCCGAGUACCAGAAGCGGAAGCUGCUGCAUGAGAUCAUGGAGAACGCAGAGCACGCCAUCAACAUGGAGGAGGCGGCGCCCCGGCCCUCCGGUGCCCCGCCACCCCCCACACCCCCCGAGAGCCCCCAACUCCAUGAGCAGGAGGAGGCCCAGCGCCCGGCCCCCAGUCCCCCCAUGACCCCUCCUGAGGCCAAGCGAGCCAAGGCAGCCCCCCACCAGGAUGGUGCCCCCCACCAGGAUGGUGCCCCCCGCCAGGAUGGUGCCCCCCGCCAGGACGGUGCCCUCCGUCCGGGCAGCUGGGCUGAGGCGGGCGGGCGGGCAGGCGGCAGCCCCCUGCCCCCUGAGGGUGAUGGCCGGCCAGCCUCACGGGGCCGGGGCUAUCCUGCCACGCAGAUGGAGAUCGGGCCACUGCAGAGGAUGGCGCAGGAGCCCAGCGUUGAAAUGGUCAAGGGCUACCACAGCUACGCUGUCCGGACCUCCCCGGUCUCCCCUGCUAUGGACUCUGAGGAGGAGCAGUUCCAGGAGCCCCAGUCGCCCACCCCUGAGCCACGAGGGGAUCUCCAGCGCCGGGCGGGCACCUCCACCCCACCUCAGGAGCGGGAGGAGAAGCCGGCGGCCAAGGCGGAGCUGCCCCGCUCCAAGGAACCGAAGCAGCGCUCCAGCCCUGAGCGCAGGGCUGCGGGCCGGGCCGAAGCCCCCGCCGAAAGGAAGACUGAGGCCAAGGUGCCAGGGCGGACAGAGCCCAAGGCGGGGGCCAAGAAGGGCUCAGCGCUGGCAGUGGCAGCACAAGAGGUGGAGGAGUGCGAAGAGGGACCUAACACAAUUGUGAUCUGCAUGGUCAUCUUACUGAACAUUGGUCUGGCAAUCCUAUUUGUACAUUUUUUGACAUGAUGUGCCCCUUGGACAAGGCAUUGCUGCUGAUGGAGACCACAGACCUUGGCAGGGAUUAAAUCUCAGCCACCUGGAAACACCUAAGAGGAGGACUUGAGAUCCCAAGACUGCACUGCAAACAAGAACCUUAAACAAAAGUGCCCUGAAGAUCAGUUCAGUCUCCCUGCUCCCAGGCUGUGGCUGGCCCCUGCAAUCUACCAAGGGAAAGCUAGAGUUUCUGCAAUUCAGCCUCCUUCUCCUCUUUGUAUAAAAUAGCAGUUGCCUUAAAUUGUUCUCAACAAAGCCAUCAACUGUCCUGUCAUGCCAGGGAUGAGGGAUUUAUCUGUAGCAGUAGGAAAAUGAAUGAGAAGGUCUCACCAUACACACUGAUGUGUUUUGAAAUUCCCUUGGUUGACUCAGUGUCAGAGAUUUCCCAAAGAUGGUGUGGAGAUAAGCAAUACCCAGCAACCAAAGUGACUCAUGAGAGCAAUGCCAUGGCUACGGGUGGACAGCAUCACCCUCCAUGCUUGGAAGUCAUCCGAAGGGACAAACAAAGUCUUUCCUUUCCCCACCACUUGGAGUCGUUUUCCACCUAUGGAGGACUGAGCAAGGGGAUCAAGUUGAAACUGGGAUUGUUGAAGAGUAAUCGGAGUCCUGCCCAUGCCGAUCCGUGGGUUAGGGUGGGAGGGACUGGCUGAUCUGGGGCUGCUUAUCCAUGGGGGGGUGCUGUGGGUGGAAAUGGUGCCUAUUUCAGGACCAGGCACCAUCCGAGCACUCUCUUGACACCCAGCAAUGCUCUGCACAGAAACAUCUUGCGGUGGGAAGCUUCCCACUGUUAUAGGAAAGGAAACAGAUGUACUGAAUUUGUCCCUCUGCCUUUUUUUUCUAUGAAAAUGGUGUGAGUUACAAUGAAAAUGAGGUACUUACUUGCAGGUUCCUCCCCGUUGGUGCACUGGGCUGCAGGGGGGUGCUCCUCGGCUCUCUCAUUGCAAGAGUGAACAGAAUUUCCAGCCAGAAGAUUCAGGGUGGCUGUCGUGGGAGAGAUCAUGUUAUUCCUGAGUGGAAAAAGGUGCAGAGAUCUGAGUGACUCCUACGUAUUUGAGCACUGGGCUCAAAAAUGUGUAUCAGCCAGGCUUUCAGCAGAGGUAGAGUACAGAGGGGCAAUUCUAGCUGCUGUUGUUGUGUGUGAGGUUUAGAGGCUUGGGUGAUUUGUACCAAAUAUUCCCAAAGCUGAAACAGAGAUCGACCUUUGGAAGGAGAUGUUUCCAUCAUGAUCUGCUCUGAUCCUUAGCAGUAUGAGCUUAGAAAGUUGGCAAAGAUGAAGUUAGGGUUUGGUGUGAGGCUGAGUGCUUGGACGUAUUUCUUCCUUCUUUUAAGAGCAAUAUGUAUUUUCUAUCCCUUUUUAAAUAACCAGAAAUGUUAUUUAUAGUUGGUUGUGAAUCUCUGUGUAUUCUGAAGUCCCACAGCACAGGACUGGGUGGGAAAACCUGAGGGACUGGAAAGAAUGUGGAAAUGAUGGUUAAGGAGAAAAACAGAUGCCCAGUCUGCUCCAAAGGUCAAUAUGAAAGGAUUUCAGAGGCAGGAUGGCAGACAGGCAGGGGUUUACACUGACUGGAGACACAGGGCAAAACCUGCCUAAUUUAUCUGCUCUAAUUAUGGCACAAGAGAGUGAGCAUAAUUCAAUACUUUUCUUUCUGAACCAAGUUUAUUUUUUAACCUUAUUCAGCUCAGGAAUGUUGCCACAGUAGCAAAUACAUGGUAUUAACUGUGGGAGAAGUGAAUGUGAUCCCUUUUAAGCCAUGUGGCUGUACCAGUCCUGAGAAAGCUGUGCAGCAUCAUCUACACUUCCACAGAGCAUAGCUUAGUAGCAAUUUGCUUCUUUCUUUUCUUUCUUUUUUUUUUUUUUUUUUUUCCCUUAAGUAUAAAUGUGUUGCAAACCCCAGGCUCUGCUGCCUUUAACGUUUUAUCUGUCUGCUGGCACUCACUUGCCAGCUCUGCAGUUUUCAUAUGCCAACUGCUUUUAUCAACCACUGAGACAAUUUCCAUUGAGAGACCUGAGGGGCUUUUAUUUGCCACUAAGCACAAAGUGGAUCUUUUACAACAGAGCUAAGUUAAUCCCACCCCCAAUUUUUUAUGCGUGUGAUGUGCACUCAGUAAUGUGCGUUCCUCCUAGUAACCUUCUGAGAAAAGUAGGUAGAUUUGCUUUUAUGUGACGUAUAAAUAUAUCCAUAUUGCACUGAUAUGGAUAUAAAUACAUACAUAUAUAUAGCCCCUUAGGGAUUUUGUUUUCUUAGAUGCAAACUAACAAAUUUACCUCAGACUGCAUGCUUUCAAAACUGACUAGGAUAUUGCAUUAUACUUUUCAGGUCUUACAAAGAUGCAGAUACAUUUCACUCUUCACACAAAAAUACCUUCAUCACAGAUUUUGCAAGCUGUUUACUACAAUCUGUGUACUACUGUCUGGAGUUUUCUGUCGGUUGUUCUGCUGGAUUACGUGCAAUAAUAAACAGUUAUCUGCUCACUGUA